AACGCUGUUUACAAGUAGGUACUCGCAAAGUUUUUCUGGUCGUCGCUCAGCGUUUGUUUUGCUGCUUUCGGUCCGUGUUUUGUACGAUGUCUUCCGGCACCCCGGGUGUCAUGUUGAGCAAGCGUUCGUGAUUCUCGAGUCGGGUUGUGACAGGUGUAAUUUGCGUAACGUAGACGAUGGGCGCAAAGGCGAGCACCGCAAACGGAGGCCAGAGUCCGCGAGCUAGAACAUUUUCUACGAGCUCAAGUUCGGAUGUGGUUUCCGGGGGGGCCGGUUUCAGCCUGCUCCGGGCUAUACCAGGUAUCCAAGUGUCGAAUGAUAGACAGCGCGCGAGAUCUUUAUCGUCAGUGCCGGAUUUGCACGCAUCGCACGAAGCCAUUGCGAUUCCACCGAACUCUCAGAGCUAUGAGGUGUCCGCAGCCGCCAGUCCCGACACGGACACCAGCUCCAACGAGGAGGCUCCCGUAGCCGGCACGUCGCUGGCCCUCGGCCGAGUGUACGCCGCGCAUUCUCUGCCUUCACAUAUUUGGUCCAUAAAUGGAAUCAAAUGUCCCGUGUGCAGCAAGUUCGUGUUGCCAGACGACAUCGAGUGUCAUCUCGUCAUGUGUCUGACACGACCGAGAUUGUCCUACAACGAGGACGUGUUGAGCGACUCGAAGGGGGAGUGUGUCAUUUGCCUGGAGGAACUGAGCGCCGGAGACACAAUCGCGCGUCUGCCGUGCCUCUGUAUCUACCACAAGGGGUGCAUAGAUCAAUGGUUUGAAGUGAACAGAUCGUGUCCGGAGCACCCCGGCGACUAGUGGCCGUCAGCGGAGCGCCCGGGGAUCCGCCCCCGGCACGUGCCAUGUGUCGCGAGUGAUAGUUAAUACAAGGAACAGACUGCGGCCCUCGGCCUUGUAAAUAUAAACAUAUGAUAGUGAGAUGUUUUAUCGUUUAAUGAAUUAAAAUUAAAUAAAAUGAUAAAAAAAUUAAAUCACAACGAGACGGUGGUCGGGCCCGCCGGGUCCGCCGGGUCCGCCGAGUCCGUCGGGUCCGCCGGGUCCGCCGGGUCCGCGGGCGAGUCUCGGGAAACUCUCCAUCCUUAACGUUUCGUUGUUUCGUUGAUUUGUGUAAAAUAUAAUAAUGAACGUGUACACCGUAUUGUAUAUUUUGUAUAGUGUCGUCCGUUUGUGUUGCGAAGCCUACUCGUCGCGGCCGGCCCGGGACCGGCUCUCGACAUACAUAUCUGUUUCUUAGCUUGUAUAAUAUGAUUUGAUCUUUUUCAUCUUGAUAAUAAAGUUGAUUUGUUUCUAAAUUUUCUAUAA